UCAAUUCAUUCUCAUCCAUUCAACGUCGUUGUUAGUGUUGUUACUUGCUCAGUUGUUUGUGCCUGCUGAUUGUUUGGUCUUGUCCGGCGCCGAACUCUUAACCACAUUUCAUUACCUGCGAGCCAGUCGUCGUUGUUCCAGUGGUCACAGAUUUUUCCCGGUUCCCGCCUUGCGGUUGAUUUACACAUACCGACGCUGAACAUUGAUUUCUGAUAGUUUCGUUCGAAAGCCUUCGAUAUGUCUUCCAGAUCAAAAGAAGUCGUUGAAAAUGGUGUGGAAUCCGGUUCCGAUGCUGAAGAACAAGAAGAAGAAUAUUCUGUGGAAAAAAUCUUAGACAAGCGUACAAAAAAUAACAAGGUGGAAUACUUUCUUAAGUGGAAUGGUUACGAUGACGUAGAUAAUACUUGGGAGCCAGAAGAAAAUCUUGAUUGCGAAGAGUUAAUUAGAGAUUUUGAAGAAAAGUUGAAGAAAAAAGAACUUAAGGAGAAAAAUAAGAAGGAAACACAGGAGCGUGGUCGUAAACGCACACUAUCUAAUUCUACUAUUGCAAGUUGUGCAUCAUCAGAUGCUGGUCCAUCCAGGGAACGUAGAAAGACCUGUUCUCCUCCACCAAAGAAGAAGGCUGAUAGGUCUGACAAGUCUGACGCGACCGAAAAUACUGAUGAUGCUGAUGAUGACGAAAACAGUGUGUCUGAAGAAAAAGAAAACAGUGAUGUUUCUGGGGCUACUAAUAAAGAUCCUGAGAAAGAAGCAGAGAAAAUUAUUGGUGCAACUGAUUCAAGUGGCCAGUUGAUGUUUUUGUUGAAGUGGAAAGGAAUUGAAGAAGCUGAUUUAAUCUCAGCUAAGGAGGCUAAUUUGAUGUGCCCACAAAUUGUUAUAAAGUUCUAUGAAGAAAGACUUACAUGGCAUGCCCCUGAAAACAAAAAUGGUGUUUAACUAUUAUAAUAUGGAUAAAGAUGACAAGUGUUCAAAACAGAACUUUUAUUUUAUAUCAAAUCCUAUUGUAAAUGUCUCCAAUUAUUUUAUUUUUUGAAUUUAUGUGGCAGUCAUGCCUUACUAAUAAAAAUAUCAGUUCAUCAAUUAUAAAAUACUUAAACGUUAGUAACUAAAUAUAAUUUCUUAAAUGGCAUUUUUUUUUAUUUCAGAAUGGUAAAAUUUAAUAAUAGUGUUAUCUUAAAAUUUGUUUAUGUUAAUAAAUAACUUAUUAAUUUUGAAA